UCUUAGUUUGACUGCCGCUGUUUAUUGAUAAAUGCGGCACAAUGAAAAUAUUGUGUGAAACGCAAUUGGUCAACCGAGUGACCCAAGCCAACCGUACACCGCGUGCCGUCAAAUCCACCUUAGCCAUUGGCUACAAACAGCGCGCUAGCGAUGCGAAUGGCAACACGAAAAAGGAACUCGAAAUGGUACUCUUUACGCCACAAAAUAAGGCUGGCACACGUUAUAAAGUGCACGACAAUAUACACUGUGUGCACACAAAGUUUGUGCUGGACGGGAAGGCGACCAUUGGGUUCAAACAGCCGACGGAGAAUCUGCUCAUCAAAUGUGAUCCAAUACAGCUUAAGGGCUUUCUGCAAACGCUCAAAUUGGGCAUGGAGGGCAAGGAUGCCAUUAAUCUAAGACUGAAUAUAGCGGCCGCUACGGCCAUCCCACAAAAGGCGCAGCCCCAACAACGAAUGACUAUUACCAAGCGCAGCGAGUAUCCCAUUAAGGGGUUUCCGCGCACCCUCAAAUCCCUAACCAUUACCAACAUACAGCUAAUGAAACUGAGCUUUGAGGUUUGCUCGCUGCGCAAUCUCACGGUGCUCGAUGUGAGCGGAAACAAGUUAACAAAGAUUCCACCGGAGCUGGGACGCCUCUCUCUCACAUCACUUACUUUGAGCGGCAACGCGCUUGGCGAAGACAAGGACUGGCGUUGGAUGAGUGGCAGCAAGUUAAAUGCAUCGCUCUGUGAUCUGGACUUGUCGGCCAAUGGGCUGAGUUAUUUUCCGCCGCUGCUAGUCAAAUGCGAGCGUCUGGUUACGCUCAAUUUGAAUCAUAAUAGGCUGCGUCAUCUACCCUUUAGCAUACGUCGAUUGCAGAAGCUGCGAUCGCUGCAUGUUUCUAGCAAUAAGCUCGAAUCACUGCCGGCUGCCAUUGAAGAUUUGCACAUCGAUGUACUAGAUGUUUGGGGCAAUUGCUUUCAAGGUUUCAAUGCGGAGGCCGCGCAAUCGCAUGUGCGACGCGUGCCUGCCGCCCACAUGCCCUCGCCCCUGUGGCUGCAGGCUGCACGUGCCGUUUCUUCCUAUAAGAUAUCCUACUCCGCCACAACACUGCCAGCGGUGCUCAUUCAACUCAUCUCGGAAUCCCCAAAAUGUCUGUGUGGCAAGCUGUGCUAUGCGCUCAGUCCAGAGGAUUUACUGCAGCGCGUCAUUCAGCCGAAGUUUACCAAUAUCAAGAAUCUUACUUAUAGUCGAGAGCAUCAAAUCUAUUCAGAUGUGGUGCUAUGUGGUCCCAAGUGCUGUGCCUAUCAGCAGCUGCGCUCCUUAUUUAAUAUCAUGUUUCCUUGAAGGUGUUAGCACGUCAAGACAGUGGCCGGCAUCGUUUUUUCGACAACACUAUAUUACUCAUUUUUUAUUGGUUUAUUUAAUUGGUUUUCUUAUUUCUUGUCUUAUUUUGUCUUUAUUUUAUUUGAUUUUAUUUUAUUUUUUUAAUUUUGUUCUUUUAUUUAUUUUAUGAAGGCAACAUUCUAUUAUUAAGUUAUAUUUUUGAAUUUAUGAAAUUUUUGGAUUAUAGUUUGUAAAAAUAAGUAUUUCUUUUAGAUAAUUUAAGAACAUGAAGUGUUUAAUUUGAACUCUUAUGUUAGUGAAGAUAAGGGCCGCAACUGUUUUACGUUGUUUUCGGCUGUGCCGAAGCCAUAUACCCUUCCCAACCGCCCAAUCUUCCACCACAAAUCAAUUAAUAGCAAUAUUUUACUCACAGAUUUUGCGUCUCAGUAAAUUACAAAAAGGUUGAAACAGACCGCUUUCAUGCCAAAAACAAUAUAGACUCUCAUCUUACAGUGAAGAAGGCUUUACAAAUAAAUAAUAUAUUUAUUUUUGCCGAUUUGUCUCAGGAACAGGAAGGUGAAUAUCUGAAAAACAAUUAAUAUGUCAUAGGCGCAAAGUUAAGCACUGAUCAA